GUUGAUAGGUUUCGGAAUUUCGCGUGCUUUUGUUAUUUUGUGGAAAAGUUAAUGUGAGUGUGAUUAUGGAGUCAUACAGCCUAAAGCACAGGAUUUUCCUAGUCAAGCAGUUCUAUCAGGAGUUGGGGAAUUAUGCGUGUGUAAAGGAUAAUUAUGAAGAUUAUUAUGGGAAAACGAAGGACAGUCCAGAAUUCUCCAAAGAUGUCCUCAUUAAGAUUAUCUGGCUUUUCGAACAGACUGGCAGUGUCUGCAACCAAUCUGAUAAGAGUCUCCCAGAACCAAAAAUACAGAAUCCGAACUUACAGAAGUAUCCUCCCCAGAGGAAAUCAGGAAGUACAACGCCUAUUCCUUUUGGGACUUCAUACGAAUGUGAGAUGUGCAGCAAGGAUUUCCUGAACCACAACAAUUUAAAGUAUCACAUUUUGCAAUCCCAUGAACUGGAGGACAUUUUCAAAUGUGACAUCUGUUCUGUGGAUUGCAGAACCAGGUUCAGGUACAUUGAACAUAUGAGAAGCCACGGAAAUGCAACACCUUUCUCAAGCUUUGGUCCGCUGACUAAAAUAAAACAGUGCGAAUAUUGCGGAAAAUUUAUUUCAAACUCGAUCUAUGAUAAGCACAGACAAAUCCACAGUAAAGAAUACAGCGUAUAUCAAUGUAAUAUCUGUGGAAAAUCAUAUACUUGGGAAUGUGGUUUGAAAUUGCACAUGGUGAUGCAUAAUAUAAAUUUGAAUACAUAUGUAUAUCCCACUUGUGAAAUUUGUGGACUGAAAAUGGGCGGUGAACGAACUCUAAAGCUUCACAUGGAAAAAGCUCAUUCUUCAAUAAUCAAUGAAAGGAACUUUCAGGAAAUGAAUAUUAAAGCAGGACCUAAUAAGGAGAACCGCGCUCAGUCCAUUGAUAUUCCAUCACAUCCAAACGCAGUGAAUGACACAAUAGACAGUAUUAAACUUGAAAAUACGGUAGAAAUAUUAACUAGUGAAGAUAUCAGUAUGAAUAAUCUCUCAGAAUCAGAAAACUUUGGAAAUUUUCAUAACCUCUCCAACAUGUCUGAGACCGUUGAACCGAAUUCAGGAUCAAUGUUUAAAACGCUUAAAACCACAGAUGCAGAAAUUGAUUCAUUAAUAGAUGGAGCCUUAAAUACUCCAGACACUAGCGAAGCAUUUGCUAAUGAAAGAAAUGAGGGCAGUGAUGGAAUCCCUGAUGACUUAUUCUUUACUGAUAUUGGAGUUGGAACUUCCACAGAAUCCAAAAAAGAAUCAAAAAUUCAAAAAAACAAGAAAUCCAGUUCUACUGUUCUUUGCCACUUAUGUGGAAAAGUAAUUAAAAAUUAUGGAAACAGUAACAAAAAUCAUUUAAAUAACCACAUGAAACUCCAUAGUGAUGAGCUUCAGCAUAAGUGUACUGUGAAAGGUUGCUAUCGUGCGUACAGAUGGCCAGGAUCUUUGAAGUUGCAUGAAAUGUCCCAUAAUAACGGCAGUAACGCCAAACAUUCUUGCAGUUUCUGCCAUAAAAUUUUCGCAUUUGCCUAUUUAUUGAAGAAACAUUUGAAGGAGAUUCAUUCCGAUAAAAUACAUGAGUGCGAAAAAUGUGGUGAAGUAUUUUUGGAGGAAGAGGAACAUGAUAGUCACACAAAGAAUUGCAACAAAAUUAAAAAGAAAACAGUGACUCAAUUUCCUUGUGUUAUCUGUGGGAAAACAUACAAAGUCUCAAAUUUGCUUAAGAAACAUGUGAAAAUUCAUGAGAAAGCCGAGGAAGCUCUUAAGUGUCCAGAGCCAGGAUGUGGCAAAUCCUUCCCAAUUAAAAAGCACUUGCAACUGCAUAUUGCCACACACAAAAAUCGCAAAUAUUACACAUGCGCCCAUUGCGAAUGUAAUUUUAAAGUUCGUCAUGGAUUGGUGACUCACAUGCAGAAAGUUCAUCUCAAGGAAGAACCAAUUUAUCAAUGCAAUAUAUGCCCUUAUAAAGUUUGGUAUCGUCGACCAUACCACAGACACAUGAGGAAAUGUCAUAAUGCUUUUGAGCCAAUCCUCAAAAGACGGACAAAAUUUUAAACAUUAUGUACUGGAUGAAAUAGAAAAUUCAGAUGUCUUAUAAAUAAAAACCAAAAAAUUAUUAUAAUAUAAUUUUGAAUUCUCAAAAAUUCAUUUAAAA